GUGAUUAUCUAAACCCAUUUCAUAAUUUCCAUUCGCACCACAAGUACGCAUGUGCGAAUCUGUGACCUUCCCCUUACACAGUGUAUUUGCAAAAUGGCCUCUCUGCUGAACGUACCUGCGAAGUUGGCCCAAACACUGGGCUCAAAGUCUUUGUUAGGCCACCUAUCCAAACCCCUUGCAGCCUCCUCCAGGGACUUCCACUUCAAGAUCCAUGGCCGGAACACAGAUGCCAAAGUCUCAAACUCUUCACAGAUAUCCCGUGACUACCCCGUGAUUGACCACCAGUACGAUGCCGUGGUGGUGGGAGCUGGUGGGGCGGGACUGCGGGCUGCUUUCGGCCUGGCCAAUGAAGGGUUCAAGACAGCUUGCAUCACCAAGUUGUUCCCCACCAGAUCACAUACAGUUGCAGCCCAGGGUGGUAUCAAUGCUGCCCUCGGACAUAUGGAGGAGGACAACUGGCGCUGGCACUUCUAUGACACUGUGAAGGGAUCUGAUUGGCUGGGAGACCAGGACGCCAUACACUACAUGUGUGAGGAGGCACCAAAAGCUGUCAUCGAGUUGGAGAACUAUGGUAUGCCCUUCAGUCGAUUAGAGAAUGGCAAGAUCUAUCAGCGGGCGUUCGGAGGUCAGAGUCUCAAGUUUGGCAAGGGUGGUCAGGCUCACCGCUGCUGCUGUGUUGCGGACCGUACCGGCCACUCUCUCCUCCACACACUUUACGGCAGGUCUUUGAAGUAUGAUACCAACUACUUCAUUGAGUAUUUCGCUCUGGAUCUUAUCAUGGAGGGAGGAGAGUGUCGUGGAGUUACUGCCCUUUGUUUGGAAGAUGGUACAAUCCAUAGAUUCCAUUCCAAGAAUACUAUCAUAGCUACUGGGGGAUAUGGGCGUACCUACUUCUCGUGCACAUCUGCUCACACCUGUACAGGGGACGGCACAGCUAUGGUGAAUCGCGCAGGACUGGCUAAUGAGGACAUGGAGUUUGUGCAGUUCCACCCCACAGGUAUCUACGGCGCUGGGUGUCUGAUCACAGAAGGAUCUCGGGGGGAGGGGGGAUACCUUGUCAACUCGGAGGGAGAGCGCUUCAUGGAGAGAUAUGCUCCCACAGCCAAAGAUCUGGCCUCUCGCGAUGUUGUGUCCAGGUCUAUUACUCUUGAAAUCCGAGAGGGAAGGGGUGUAGGCCCAGAGAAGGACCACGUGUUCCUACAGCUCCACCAUCUGCCACCAGAUGUCCUCAAGGCUCGUCUCCCUGGCAUCUCCGAGACUGCCAUGAUCUUUGCGGGAGUAGAUGUGACGCGGGAACCUAUCCCUGUCCUGCCUACUGUUCACUACAACAUGGGAGGAGUCCCCACCAACUACAAGGGACAGGUGGUGCAGUACACAAGGGAGUCUGGUGACCGUGUGGUACCGGGCCUGUAUGCCUGUGGUGAAGCGGCAUGUGCGUCGGUGCACGGAGCUAACCGUCUUGGCGCCAACUCCCUCCUCGAUCUGGUCGUAUUUGGCCGAGCCUGUGCCAACACCAUCAUUGAAGAGAACAGACCAGGGGAGCCUAUUGGUCCCAUCAGUCAGAAUGCUGGCGAAGCCUCCGUAGCUAAUGUGGACAAAGUCCGAUACUCCGAUGGAAGUGUCCCCACAGCGGACCUUCGACUCAAGAUGCAGAAGAACAUGCAAUCGUAUGCCAGUGUGUUCCGUGAUGGCAGCUCACUGGAGGAAGGCUGCAGGAAGAUGGAGGAGGUAUACAAGGAGAUGGAGGACUUGAAGGUGUCUGACCGAGGUCUGAUCUGGAACACGGACUUGGUGGAGACGCUGGAACUCCAGAACUUGAUGCUUAAUGCUGUCCAGACAAUCGUGUCUGCUGAGCGGAGGAAGGAGAGCCGGGGAGCCCAUGCCAGGGAAGACUUCCAGGUCCGACUUGAUGAAUACGACUACAGUAAGCCAAUUGAGGGUCAGAAGAUGAAGGCCUUUGAUGACCACUGGAGGAAACACACUCUCUCAUAUGUUGAUGCUGAUACUGGGAAAGUGACAAUAGACUACAGGCCUGUGAAAGAUGAAACGCUCAAUGCUCAGGAUUGUCCCAUGGUAGAGCCAGCAGUCAGGUCAUACUAGGAACAAACACAGUUUACAGUGAUGAUCAGGUUGUCGACAAGUGUCGACUCAUCCCAGUGCCAUUGAGAGCGUUCCUUAAAGGCAAAACAGCUGAUUGGGUUUGAAACAGCUGACUUAAUACUGAUGCAACUGACUGGGAUGUAGACACUGCCGCAUGUUUAGCUCUUGUAUACCCUAUGUUGCCGUCAUGCUUGCUGACGCUUUCAUGUCAACCAAUGCUGGAGAAUAAUUGUUAUAAUUACUGUUUGUGAUGAAAGUCGGUUGAUAAUGAAAGUCGGUUGAUAAUGAAAGUCGGUUGAUCUAUGAAGAUGUGAAAAUGUUACAGGAUUGAUCAUGUGGUGCAUGAAACUUGUUUGUACAUAUUUAUUGUGGAAUACAUUCAUUCAUAUGUAAA